AUGAGCGGACGCAAAAGGAGCUGGGUUUGGGAUUUUUUCGAAAAAUCAGAGGACGAAAAGGAAGUAACAUGUUCCAUAUGUGGUGAAGUUUUGUGCUACAACUCCUCCACAUUCUCACUGAACAACCAUUUAACAAAAAUCCAUAACAAAAAUCGCGAAAACGAGAGCGCACAUUCAGCCGAAGCUUUCCACAGUGAAAUUUCAAGCGAUAGGCCCAACAAAUCCAAGAAGAAGAGGCUAGAAGGUGACACAGCCGUCGUUACACACGAACGUCAAGAAGAAAUUUCACGAGCAGUUGCACGUUUGAUUUCAACCAACAUGCUACCGCUUUCAAUUGUGUCUUCCGAUGGCUUCAGAGAUUUUAUGAAAGUGAUAGAACCCGGCUACAAAGUUCCCUGCGUUAGAAGCAUUCAUUCUCGCUUGAAGCUAUUAUAUAAAUCCGUCAAAGACAAUAUAUGCAAUGAAUUGGCGGAGGCAUCAAGUGUUUCAAUUUCUGUGGAUGAAUGGUCUUCUCGAACGCUGGAUUCUUAUAUAUCAGUAGAAGCUCAGUAUUUUAACUCAAAAUACGGCUUGUGCACUGCUACGCUUUGUAACAAGCAGUUGGAAGGUAUUAAUGUAAACCCAUAGAAAAUCUACUUUUACUUAAAUAUUUUUUGUCCUUCCAGGAAGACCAAAUGCAGAUAAUAUUGCUUCCACUGUCGAAUCAGUUUUAAAUGAUUGGAAUAUUUCAAAUAAGGUUCAAUCAAUAACUCACGGCAGUGCAGCAGU